CCCGCGCUGGCUCUGCCGUCGCACUCGCCGGAGAUGUCACCUCGCGGUCGUACGCGGGGACGGGCACGGGUGGAUGGGCACCGGGCGGGGCGGGGGUCCUCGGGCGGCUCUUAACGCGGCUCUCCUCGCCAGGGCGAGGGCUGCGGGAGCGCGGCGGCAGCGGGGCAGCGCGGGGUGCCGGGCCCAUGGCGGGGCGGCAGGAGCAGGCUCUGCCCGCCUGCUUCGCGGGGCUGGGCGCGGGCAGCCCGCGGCCGCGGCAGAAGCGCGGCGGGAUGUUCUGCAGCGUGGAGGAUGCCUUCGACAACAAGACGCUGAACUUCGCCUCGCUCGCUGCCUCCGGAACGGCGACACCCGUCGGGGGGCACCGCCGCGACACCCAGCCGGGACCGAGCCCCGACGCGGCACCGAGCCCCGACCCCGGCCCGGUCCCCGACCCCGGCCCCGGCCCCGCCGCGGCCGCGCUGCCCCCGAGAGCUCCGGCUGCGCUGCCCGACGGCUGCCGGCAGAGUGACCACAUUCUAAUCAAAGGAGGAAAGAUUGUCAACGAUGAUCAGUCAUUUUAUGCAGACGUUUAUGUGGAGGAUGGCUUAAUAAAACAAAUCGGAGAGCACCUGGUCAUUCCCGGCGGCACCAGGACCAUCGACGCCCACGGGCAGCUGGUGAUGCCGGGGGGCAUCGACGUGCACACGCGGCUGCAGGCGCCCGUCAUGGGCAUGAGCUCGGCCGACGGCUUCUCGCAGGGCACCAAGGCAGCGCUGGCAGGAGGCACCACCAUGAUCAUUGACCACGUGUGCCCGGACGCGGGGAGCAGCCUGGUGGCCGCCUACGAGCAGUGGCGCGGCCGCGCCGACAGCCAGGCCUGCUGCGACUACGGCCUGAGCGUGGACAUCCCGCGCUGGCACGAGAGCCUGAGGGAGGAGCUGGAGGCCCUGGUCAAGGACAAGGGUGUGAACUCCUUCCUGGUGUUCAUGGCUUACAAGGACAAGCUGCAGUGCACUGAUGGCCAGAUGUACGAGAUCUUCUGCACCAUUCGGGACCUGGGGGCCAUCGCCCAAGUGCACGCCGAGAACGGAGACAUCAUCGAGGAGGAGCAGAAGAGGCUGCUGGAGCUGGGGAUUACGGGCCCGGAGGGACACGUCCUCAGCCGCCCCGAGGAGGUGGAGGCAGAGGCCGUGUUCCGUGCCAUCACCAUCGCCAGGCAGGCCAACUGCCCCCUCUACGUCACCAAGGUCAUGAGCAGGGGGGCUGCAGACGUCCUGGCUCAGGCCAAGAGGAAAGGCACCGUGGUGUUCGGGGAGCCCAUCACGGCCAGCCUGGGCACCGACGGCUCCCACUACUGGAGCAAAAACUGGGCCAAAGCUGCCGCCUUCGUCACGUCGCCCCCCAUCAGCCCCGACCCCAGCACGCCCGAGCACCUCAGCACUCUGCUGUCCAGCGGGGACCUGCAGGUGACGGGCAGCGCCCACUGCACCUUCACCACUGCGCAGAAGGCCGUGGGCAAGGACAACUUCACCCUCAUCCCCGAGGGCACCAACGGCAUCGAGGAGAGGAUGUCCAUCGUCUGGGAGAAGUGCGUGGUCCCCGGCAAGAUGGAUGAGAACGAUUUUGUGGCGGUGACCAGCACCAACGCUGCCAAGAUCUUCAACUGCUACCCCAGGAAGGGGCGCGUGGCUGUGGGCGCCGACGCAGACCUGGUGCUCUGGAACCCCAAGGCGACGAAAAUCAUCUCAGCAAAAACCCACCACCUGAACGUGGAGUACAACAUAUUUGAAGGCACCGAGUGCCACGGGGUCCCAACCGUGGUCAUAAGUCAGGGAAGAGUUGUCCUUGAAGACGGAAAUCUGUGUGUCACCCAGGGCUCAGGUCGCUUCAUCCCUAGGAAGACAUUCCCCGACUUUGUUUAUAAACGGAUAAAGGCAAGAAACAGGCUGGCCGAGGUGCACGGCGUGCCCCGGGGGAUGUACGACGGGCCGGUGCACGAGGUGCCGGCGAGCGUCAAGGCCGUGGCGCCCGGCCCCGGCUCGCGCGGGGCGCCCUGCGCCGGCAAGGCCGCGGCGCCGCCCGUGCGCAACCUGCACCAGUCCGGCUUCAGCCUGUCCGGGUCCCAGGCAGACGACCACAUUGCCCGGCGCACGGCACAGAAGAUCAUGGCCCCGCCGGGCGGCAGGUCCAACAUCACCUCGCUGUCCUGACGCUGUCCCCGCGCCCGGGACGGGCCGGUGGCCUCUCCCGAGCUCGUCGGCUGCGCCGGCCCUUCCCUCGUAGGUAGAAAGUAGAGUGACCCCCGAGGCAGCGCUCCCCGUUGGCUUCUGUGCCCUGCUCCUUCGCUAGCUGCUAGGAAAGCCCUUCCCUGUGCAUGCGGGGCAGCCGCGCCCCGGCGGGCCGCGUGGACAUGAAGGCACAUCCCGGCUGGAUCACGCUCUUUCCCAGCAGCAUCCACUGCCCGCUCUCUUCAAAGGACUUCCAACAGAUGAGCACCUCUGUGGUUUCCAGUCAGAGCCCUCCGCCCCGGCCGAGCCCCCAGAGCCUCCCCCAGCCCGUGUGUCCCUCGGCGGUCACGGCUCAGGGGCGAGUGCGGCCCCCUGCCCUGGGGCAGAGGGGUACUGGCCCUCCAGGACCCGGCCAUGCCCUGGGCUGCUGUCCUUGUGCCAGCCUUGUUUUUUAAAGAUCAUUUAUACGGUUUUUCAAGAACUGAGUGUGAGUCCAAUAGCCAAUACCAGGGCUCGUUUGGAGGCCAGGUGCAUGCAACACACUUUUUUAUGAAGAUUAUUCUAGCCCAGUUCUUACAUUCAAAGGUGUGUUCACAGAGUGAACCUCUGGCUGCAGAGCCAUGCAUGUACCUCCAGGAAUGGCUUUCUGUUCCUGUCUGCUCCUUGCUUGGAAUAAACUUGGUUGGAAACCACGGAAUGGUGGAAGUGGUUGGUC